ACAUCCUAGUAAUCUCUUCCUGGUAAUUUGGAGGCAAUUCUCCAGUGUUCCCGCCUAGCAUUAACCCCUGAAGGCAAAUAAGGGUUUAUGCAGCUGAGGCAUUUUGUUCUAGCUCGAAUAGCAUGACCAGGCUCCUUAGAACCAUCCUCAUCGCACACAAGCUUCACCUUCACUACUCCAAAUGCAUUUUCCGACCUCUCCUUUCCCACUACUCUGCAACGGCGGAUUCUUCCGAUGCUGACCUCACACACAAACCAACUAAUGAAACCACUACCACCGGUUGGAGCAGGUAUGGGAACAUCUACGCCCACCCAGUUGUGCAGCCAAGCGAUCACAGCGAUGGAGAUGAAAACCCUAGCGGUUUGAGGGGAAAUGAUGCAGCGGUGGUGAAGAAAAAGGGGAAGGUGAAAGCUCAGUGGGUGUGCUCUGAUUGUGGGCACACGACGGGGAGAUGGUGGGGGACAUGCCCCGAGUGCGAUGUAACUGGCACAAUGCAAGAGUUUCACGAGAGCAAAUUAACUGACAAAUCCAGAGGGGGGUUAGCCAUUACCGACGACGCAGUGCGCUCGUGGCUCCCACGACGACCUGAAGAGCUGCGCCUCGUCAAAUUGGAAGAGGUGAACCGUGGAUUCAAUCACGAGAAAUGGAGAAUUCCUUUGUCUGGUUCCCUCGGAAAUGAAGUUUCUACAGUGCUUGGUGGAGGUCUUGUACCAGGUUCUUUAACUUUAGUAGGUGGUGAUCCUGGUAUCGGGAAAAGUACUCUGUUGUUACAGAUUUCAGCAAUGAUAGCAAAUACGUGCAGUGAUGAUGAAACACCUCCAGUUGUAUAUGUGUCUGGUGAAGAGAGCCUUAAGCAAAUUUGUGCUAGAGCCGAUCGCCUUGGGAUUAAGUCCAAUAUUUAUUUAUAUUCAAGUACUGAUAUUGAGGACAUAUUGAGGAAAACUCAUGCUCUAUCCCCUUGUGCUCUGGUGGUUGAUUCAAUACAAACUGUUUACCUGAAUACAGUAAUAGGAAGUGCUGGAGGGAUUACGCAGGUGAAGGAAUGUACGGCAGCUUUGAUGCGAUUUGCUAAAACAACUAACAUCUCAGUUAUUUUGAUUGGACAUGUGACCAAAUCUGGAGAGAUAGCAGGACCUCGAGUCUUGGAGCAUAUAGUUGAUGUUGUUUUGUAUAUGGAAGGUGAGAAGCACUCUCCAUAUCGAAUGCUGCGAGCUGUGAAAAAUCGCUUUGGUUCCACUGAUGAGCUUGCUGUUCUUGAGAUGUCACAAUCAGGACUCCAGGUUGUUUCAAAUGCCAGUGAAAUGUUUCUCACUCAACAGCAUUCUGAUUCAAAUGUUUUAGCCGGACUUGCUAUUGCUGUAUUAAUGGAUGGUACAAGAACAUUUUUAGUUGAAAUUCAGGCACUAUGCCUCACAUAUAGCCCAGUUUCGAGUUCACAAUCCAAUGGGAUCCAUUCAAACAGAGCUAAUAUUAUUAAAUGUGUACUUAUUAAGCAAGCAGGUCUUCAUCUCCAGGAUAAUGCUGUGUUUUUGAAUGUUGUUGGUGGAUUCCAAGUGACAGAGACUGCUGGAGAUCUUGCAAUAGCAGCUGCAAUUUGCAGCAGUUUCUUGGAGUUCCCUAUUCCAGAGGGGACUGCGUUCAUUGGUGAAAUUGGCCUUGGUGGAGAGCUUCGCAUGGUUCCUAGAAUUGAUAAAAGGGUUAACACAGUGGCGAAGUUGGGUUACAGAAUGUGUGUCGUACCAAAGCAAGCUGUAAAACUUCUAGAAACCGAAGGUCUGGAAGGAAUAAAAGUUGUAGGUUGCAAGGAUCUGAAAGAGGUUAUUAACACCGUAUUUAGUAAAGUAAUAGUUAACUGAUGCCAAAGGCAUUAUGCAGAUCUCACUUUCUUUUGAUAUCUAAGCUGUUAUUCAAAAUUUUGUAAAUGUAGAUGCACACAUUGUGGCUUAAAUACCGCAAAAGAUGUACUCAUUUGGUUUUAUCCGACCUCAAUUAUCUAAUUUGCUCUU